GUUGAACAUCUUGGUAGUUGACUGUGGGUGAACAGGAACUUGACCGAAGAUGGAUUUAGAGAAUAAAGUGGCUGUGGUGACUGGAGGUGCUCAGGGUUUGGGCAGAGCCUUUGUCGAAAUACUCCUAAAAAAGGGGUCAAAUGUGGCCUUCAUUGACGUGAAUGAACCACGAGGAAAAGAGUUAAAGGCUGCGCUUGCCGAAGAAUAUGGACCUGACAGGGUUGAAUUUUACGCUGCGGAUGUCUCAUCUAAGGAGGAAUUUAUAGGAGCUUUUCAGAAAAUUGUGGACAGGUUUGGCCACAUCGACAUUAUGUACAACAAUGCAGGGGUUGUCAAAGAAAAUGACUGGGAGAAAACCAUUGCCAUAAAUAUGUCUGGGCUGGUGAGGGGAACAUAUCUGGCUCUGCAGUACAUGAAGGAAAAUCCUGAUAGCAAAGGCGCAAUUAUCAACAUAUCAUCUACUGCAGGUCUGUGGUUUGUGCCAACAGCGCCCAUCUACACAGCGACUAAAUAUGCAGUGGUGGGAUUCAGCCGUGCUAUUGCAGCUGUUGCUAUGAAGUCCAACCUUGGGUUGAGGAUCAACACUCUUUGUCCAGGUGUGGUGAAGACUAACCUGCUGUCCUCUUCUAAUAUAGAGGACCAUUUUGGACAGUUUUCACAACUAGAGGAAAUGAAGGAGAUGGUUCUGGAAAGAAAUGACUUUGUGGAGCCUGAGGAUGUUGCCAAGGCCUCCCUUAUUCUUGUGACAGAUGAAAACAAGAAUGGAGAAAUUCUGAAGAUCGAUGCUGAUGGUACGGCAUUCAUAUCCCUUCCUGAACCACCAGCCAUGCGAAAGUAGCCAAUCAGCUUUUUUCCCUGCCACAGCCAUAACUUUCAGAGCUGAUUCCUAAUGUCAGAUUAGAAUUGAAAUGUUAAAGGCUUUGCUCCUAUAAUUUUGCCUGGUUGAAAAUGUACUAAUCUUCCUCAGUUCUAGUUGGCAGUAGACAAUAAGUAAACUUGAUGCAGGCCUAAUGUAAGGUCUUGACUAAAUAAACGAUCAUG